AACUUCACCAUCACACACAGAGGCCCCCAUUUACUUUUCUUCACACCAGCUACUAGAAAGUUUAAAUUCCAAAUUUUUUGUGCAUGCUGAGCAAGAAAAGCCCUAGCUAGCCUCACCCUCUCUCUCUCCCUCUCUUGCACCUUCAUGAUUCAUCCGUUGUACCGCUCGUGCAUCGGAUCUCUUGAUAUUUUAUGCCCAAAACAAAAAGGUUUUGAAAAGUGUCAAGAAACCUAAUCAACAUAAGCCAAACAAUCCGGCCGGAAGGGGAAAACCCUAAAAGGAAAUUUGAUUUAUCUUCACAUCAUGACAGCAGAACCAAAGGAGGAAUUGCCACCAGGAUUCAGAUUUCAUCCUUCAGAUGAAGAGCUUAUCACCUUCUAUCUCAUGAACAAGAUAAAUGAUGCCACUUUUACUGGAAGGGCGAUUGCCGAUGUUGAUCUCAACAAAUGCGAACCCUGGGAACUUCCUGCAAAAGCGAAAAUGGGAGAAAAGGAGUGGUACUUCUUCAGCCUACGAGAUCGGAAGUACCCAACAGGAGUGAGAACAAACCGAGCAACAAGUACAGGUUACUGGAAGACCACAGGGAAAGACAAAGAGAUCUUCAACAGUGUCACAUCUGAGCUGUUUGGGAUGAAAAAGACCCUUGUUUUCUACAGAGGCCGAGCUCCUCGUGGUGAAAAAUCCAACUGGGUCAUGCAUGAAUAUCGCAUUCAUUCUAAAUCUGGCUUUAGAACAUCAAAGCAGGAUGAAUGGGUGGUUUGCCGAGUCUUCCAGAAGAGCGCAGGCAUAAAAAAGUACCCAACAAACCAAUCAAGAGCGGCCAAUCCCUACAACCUAGAAAUAGGACCAAGUAUGAUACCAUCACCCCUAAUGCAGCUAGGUGAUCCAAACCACCAUCAGUUCCCCUAUGGCAGAAACUACAUGACAAGUGCUGAGAUGGCCGAGCUUUCAAGAGUCUUCAGAGGUGGCGGUGGUGGAUCAUCAAGUAGCAAUAUCAACCUACCAAUCCAACCCCAAUUCAAUUACCCAAUUGGUGGAGGAGGAGGUGGCGGUGGUGUUGGAGGAGGAGCAGGAGGGUUUACAAUGUCUGGGUUGAACUUGAAUCUUGGUGGGCCAGCAUCACAGCCUAUGUUGAGGACAAUGCCACCACCACAGAUGCAUCAUCAUGGCCCUCCAUCUAUGAAUCAUCAUCAUCAAGUGCAAGAUGUUACUAUGAUGAACGGUCCAGAUCAUCAAGCUGGAUACGGAACAAUAGACAUGAACAACAGCAACAACGCAAACGGUGGGAGUGGAAACAGGUUUAUGAACAUGGAUACUUGUGUUGAUCUUGAGAACUACUGGCCUCCCUAUUAGGGUACUUAAGAGUAUCCACCAAUUAAUUCCCAAGGCCAAUUAAGUUAGGGGUUUGAUAUUCACACACCCCAUUUUACUUCUCACACACCUUUUUAAUUUUCAACCGUUGGAUUGAAUGAAUUGAAGAAGAUCAACGGACAGAAAUUAUUAAGAGGUGUGUGAGAAGUAAAAUGGGGUGUGUGGAUAGCACACCCCUUAAGUAAGAGACGAGCUUUCUUAUUAUUACUUACUGUUAUGCUUUAGGUAUAAAAUCGAUUUACUUUUCCUUCCCAGUUAGGGUAAUCAAGAACUAAGAACCCAGCAACUAAGGUCAGAUAUAUUAUAUAUAGUCCUAUGAAUUAGAGUCAAGUGACUACUCUCGUUCAGGAACGUUACAUCUUUGGUUAUUCAAUUUACUUCCAUCAUCUUAAUGUCUUUCAACAAUUAUUAAGCUUAUUUAUAAAGUUGGUUUUGCCUUAACACACA